AUGAGCAGAGACAUGUACUUGUGUGCGCGCAGCUCCAUGCCAGCGCCACCCAUGUCCAUCCUACAGCCUACACGAGCGAGUCCUGGACGGGGAGCAAAGGAUACACUCGAGACGAUGACAUUGCAACACAAGGCAUCGCCUGAACAUUCAGCGGCCAACGGCCGCAAGAAGGUCAAGUGGGCUCCCUUUGCCGACGAGUCUGCCAUUGACAAACCCGUCCACAAUAGCUGGCUCGAAAAGGUCCAAGGCUCGAGUCACCAGACACGUGACAGGGCAACCACCUCCCGCUCACCCAUCCACGCUAAGCCAUCCGUACCUUCCCAACUCUCGCUUCUGAACUUGCCUUCUCACACAAACUCUGCUACCUAUCUCAACCCACCGAACAAGAACAAGUCGCGCAGGAGGAAGAAGCCUGCCAAACAAAGCAAGAUGAGUACGCCAGCACCCACGGCGGGCGCCGUGUCGAUUCCACCACACCUGCGCCGCCGCAAUGCUGAGCUUGCGGCCCAAAAAGCUGCCGAAGCAGCAGGCGCAACGGCAAAUGCUGCAGCAGUCUCAGCAGAGAAGAAAGGAGAUGCUACCGUUGACUCUGUGGAUGCCAAAGCUUCAGCAGAGGCUUCCGAAUCCAACAACUCAAAGGCUGCUCAGAAUACCCCGCUUCACUCGUCUUCUCUUGCGACCAAGCAGCCCUCGAAGUCACCCCCAUCUCCGCCUACUACAGCGCAGGGUUCGGACAAGGUGGAGACGGCCAAGUGGACGACCUCUAUCAAGCCUCGACAGCCUGUUAAAGCCAUAGAGGACACUUGUCCAACCUUUGUUCCGCCAGUUCAGACCGUCAAGCAUUCGUGGGCAGCCUGCUCGACGGUGAAUGCGACCAAGAAAGCCGAGGAUUCGUGGGCACCCUACUCGACGGCAAAUGUGCUCAGGAGAGCUGAGGAAUCGCGGGCAGCCUGUGCCAAGGCAAACGUGACGAAAAAGGUCGAGUUUGGAGGUUGGGACGAACCAGAUUCUCCACCAAAUGCCCCGCGCCGAAUUGGCACAAUACCCUGGGCACGUGUACCUAAGCAGCCCUACAAGCAAUACCAGUGGCCAAAGGCGAGGGACAUGAAGCAUGCUUCCCCCGGGAGCGACAGUGAUGGCGGUGUUGUUGUUGACACUGGCUUCAAGUCGGACAGUAACGGGGAUGCCGACUACGAUGUCAAGAAGCUGCUAGACUGGAAGGGUGACUGGCUACCUGCCCCAGAGACAUGGGCUUACCGCAAAGGGUACUCUGAUCGCCACUUCACCGAACAUAUUGACAAGUGGAUCAACAUCAAUCCAGACUUCUACCGGCCCAUGCCAAUUCAAGAGCCCGCUUUCAGUGGCAGGAAAACUGUGGGUGGAGCUGAGGCCGAGUAUAUCGUGGGCAAGACCGAGGCUGGUGCGAACGAGUACAAUGAGCUGGUUCCCCGUAAAUGGAUCAACACGCGCGUUGAGCAUAAGACGCUUCGUGAGUACUGGACAGACAUGCCAAAGAAGGCGCCUGAAGCUCUGCCCGACUGCGACAUCACGGCUACUCCUCCUUGGUGGGAACGCUACACGGACCCAUCCAGUUGUUUUAUUACCAGUCUGGCCAUGCCCGAAGCCAAGAUGAAUAUGUUUGACGAGGAGAAUCCGAUUAUAGAGACCAAGUUAGCUUGCGUCGAGGACAAGCUUACGGCGAUUUUUGCGAGACGCAAGGCCAGGUACAACAGGACCAUGGUAAAGCGCAGUCGUCCGGUGCCUGAGUCGGAGGAUUUGGGGCCUCCAGUGGUGAGUAGGGGCAUCGAUCCAAUGAUGAAUGUCUACUUUCGCCCCGUUCAGCCCGCUGAUGUUCGAGGCAUUGCUGAAAUAUACAAUUACUAUGUCGAGAGGACCAUCUUCGCCAACGAAUUCGAUGGGCGUAGAGAGGAUCAAAUUCGCCGUCGCGUUGACGAUGUCACUAGGGCUGGCCUACCCUUCCUGGUUGCCAUCGUCAAAGGCCAACAGGCUCACGAUCCUGCUGGACACGUUAGCGAAAAGAUUGUCGGGUUCAUUAGUCUAGACGACUUUGUCGACCAGUCCAGCAUGUUCCGUUUCACCUUCGACAUGGAGCUCUACGUCCACCCUGGCUUUGUUCAGAAGCGCAUAGCCAAGUGCCUGCUUGACAAGCUCCUGGAGAUUACCGACACGACGUACAAGCCGCGUGAAGGCUACGACUACAGGAACGAUUCCGAGUACCUCAAGACAGGCCAUGGGAGGGUCAUCAAGACCAUUCUCCUCAAUGUACACCACGAGAGUGGAGAGGAUUUCGAGUGGCAGACCAAGUUUCUCAACGACUUUGGCUUUGUGCGCUGUGGUCGUAUGCCGGGCAUUGGCUACAAGCUUGGCCAGGUUGUUGACGUCUCGAUCUUCUCCUAUCAUACUUCUGAGGUGAUUAAUGCUUCGGGUAAGCCGUCGGUUCGAUUGGAGCGUAUUUGA